AUGCCCGGUUUCAAGCAAGCCUCCGAUCUGGACGCGUGGAAAGCGCUCCAGCAGCACCAUGCCUCUGUUGGUAAGAGCAUUGUGUUGAAGGAAGAGUUCGAAAAAGMCCCCAGCCGUUUCGAGAAAUUCAGCCGUACCUUCACCAACACCGUGGAUGGCAAGGAUAUCCUCUUCGACUUUUCCAAGAACUUCGUCACCGACGAGACACUUGACCUCUUGGUGAAGCUUGCCAAAGAGGCUAACUUGGAACAGCUUCGCGAUGCCAUGUUCAAGGGCGAGCACAUCAACUUCACAGAGGACCGCGCUGUCUACCACGCAGCUCUGCGCAAUGUCAGCAACGAGCCCAUGCAAGUUGAUGGCAAGAGCGUUGUUGAAGGUGUCAACGCCGUCUUGGAGCAUAUGAAGGAGUUCUCCGAGCAGGUGCGCAGUGGUGACUGGAAGGGAUACACUGGCAAGAGCGUGAAGACCAUUAUCAACAUUGGUAUUGGUGGUUCCGAUCUCGGCCCUGUCAUGGUCACCGAGGCCUUGAAGCCCUACGGACACCCCAACUUGAAGCUCCACUUUGUAUCCAACAUUGACGGUACUCACAUCGCCGAAGCUUUGAAAGAGUCCGACCCCGAAACCACCCUCUUCCUGAUCGCAUCCAAGACUUUCACCACCGCUGAGACCACCACAAACGCCAACUCGGCCAAGAAGUGGUUCCUCGAAACUGCCAAGGACGAAUCUCACAUCGCCAAACACUUUGUCGCCUUGUCCACGAACGAGGCUGAGGUCACCAAGUUCGGUAUUGACAAGAAGAACAUGUUCGAAUUCGAAUCUUGGGUCGGUGGACGUUACUCCGUCUGGAGUGCCAUCGGUCUCUCCGUUGCCCUUUACAUUGGCUACGACAACUUCCACCAGUUCUUGGCCGGUGCUCAGGCCUUGGACAAGCACUUCCGCGAGGCUCCAUUGAAGGAGAAUAUUCCCGUCAUUGCUGGCCUUUUGAGUGUCUGGUACAGCGACUUUUUCGGAGCUCAGACUCACUUGGUCGCUCCUUUUGACCAGUACCUCCACCGAUUCCCCGCCUACCUUCAGCAAUUGUCCAUGGAGAGUAACGGAAAGGCCAUCACCCGUUCUGGUGACUACGUCAAGUACACCACCGGCCCUAUCUUGUUCGGUGAACCCGCCACCAACGCCCAGCACAGUUUCUUCCAGCUUCUCCACCAAGGCACCAAGCUCAUUCCCACCGACUUCCUUCUUGCUGUCGAGUCUCACAAUCCUGUUGAGGGUGGCAAGCACCAGCGCAUGCUCGCUUCCAACUUCUUCGCUCAGGCCGAGGCGUUGAUGAUUGGAAAGACCCCUGAGCAGGUCAAGGCCGAAAACGCCCCUGAUGACUUGGUUCCUCACAAGACCUUCCUUGGCAACCGACCAACCACUUCUAUCCUCGCUCAGAAGAUCACACCUGCUUCCUUGGGAGCCCUUAUUGCUUUUUACGAGCACUUGACUUUCACCGAGGGUGCCAUCUGGAACAUCAACUCGUUCGACCAGUGGGGUGUCGAGCUGGGUAAGGUCCUUGCAAAGAACAUUCAAAAGGAGCUCGAGACUCCUGGUGCAGGCAGUGCCCACGAUUCUUCCACUGCCGGUCUCAUCAAGGCUUUCAAGGCCAGGGCCAACCUUGCCUAA